AUGGAGAGACAGAAGGAGAUGGAGAGACAGAGGGAGAUGGAGAGACAGAGGGAGAUGGAGAGACAGAAGGAGAUGGAGGCUCAAAAACUACAAAAGGCAAAGCAAGACAGGAUGAGAGCUGAGUUACAGCAAAAUAUUAAGAAAAGAGUGCAAAAGUUGGCUGAAGUCUCAUCAUCUGUAAAAGCCUGCAAGGGCGGCUUGGAUGCUGAAUGGCUGGAGAUCAACAACGUGUUCUCAGAGGUGAUGAAAGUCGUGGAGGACGCUCGGCAGAAAGCGCUUCAGCCUCUGGAGGAAAGGAGAAGGAGAGUGAAGAGAGAAGCACAGGAUGUGGUUCAAAAGCUGCAAAAGGAAAUUGACAAACUCAAAAAGACCAUUGAUGAGUUGAACAAAAACCCAGAUCUGCAGGUCUGUCUUCUCACAGGCCCAAAUGAAUCCCAGGAUUGGAAAAAUGUCGCUGUUGACACUUCAUAUUCAUUCGGCACACUGAGAACUACAACGUCAAACAUGAUGGAGCAAAUCCAAGAGAAACUGGAAAAACUCUCCUCUGUUGAACUCGAAAGGAUUCCCACAUUUGCAGUGGAUGUAAAGCUGGAUCCAAUGUCUGCACACCAAUUCCUCGUUGUUUCUCCUGAUGGGAAGGCAGUGAGAGACGGCGGAAAGGCCCAGAAAGUUCCUGAAGCUCCAUUAAGAUUUGACAUGUUCGGCAGCAUCCUGGCGCACAACAGGUUCACGACUGGGAGGUCAUACUGGGAGGUGGAGGUCAGCAACAAGACAGGGUGGGAUCUGGGUGUAGCAAAACGCAACGUCAACCGCAAGGGGAAACUGUCGCUGAGGCCAAAAAAUGGCUACUGGGUCGUCGUUCAUUUUGAAGGUGAUAAGUACGCAGCCCUGACCGUUCCACCCACCAGCCUCACCCUGAGGCAGCAACCUCAGAAAGUCGGGGUGUUUGUUGACUAUGAGGAAGGUCUCGUGUCCUUCUACGAUGUGACGGCUCAAUCUCACAUCUACUCAUUUACGGAGUGUUUGUUCAAUGAUGAGAUCAUCCCAUAUUUCAGCCCACAUCUUAGACAAAAUGAGAAAAACGCUCAUCCUCUGAUUAUCUCUGCUGUGAAAAAGGAGUAGUGGUUAUGUGAAGUUUACUGAAAGCAUUCAUAGUUUAGAAAGUAUGAAAAAACUGGUCAAAAUCUCAUAUUGAUGUUAUGUUGAACUCAGUUGUGUCUUGGAGAAAUAAGAAGGACAAAGAAUUUUUCUUUUCUCAGAUUAUCCCAAAAACAAACUGUAUCAGUUCCUCAUCUUUGCUUUAGGCUUUCAUUUCCCUUUUACCAGUACAUUUUAGCUGAAAGUCACAGUACUGCUGAGUUGAUUUAGAGGGUAAUUCAGAUCACCUGUGGUGCAGGUGUGGGGACUGAGUCCUAGUAAGGAAUUGAGAGCAGCUUGGUGCAUUCCCCUCUGGGCCAAUCAGAGUGUGACACCGCCCCUUUCUGAGGGCUUAAGAAAGGUGUGAAAACACACACUCAGGGCAGUCUGAUUGUUCCUCAACCAGAUGCAAACCUCAUGUUAGCAGAUAUUGUUAGAUUCAGAAACUCUGGUGUCAUGAACAGAAAACUUCUUAGUACUAAGAGCUGCUCCAAGUGUUAAAAAACUAAUCUUAGAAUGACAUUUUCUAAGAAUUUCCCCUCAAAGUAAAGACUAGAUCCUGGGUAAAAUUUAAAAAAAAAAUUUAAAAAGUUCUUCAAUCAUCUUAGCCCUUAAGAGAGCUUCUAAGGUGGAAACAGGAGUUGAGAGGAAGACUUUAAGAGGCUAUAGCAGAGGAGAAAAUUGUCAGAGGAUAAAUAUUCUCCAAACACUGAAUGACACUGAGUAAAUGAAACUCAGCAGAUUGUGCAGGGAUAAUAGUUAUGGUCAAUGCACUCACAUCUCCAACCAAACGGCAACACCAACACUGUUUUUUGGCAACUGAAAAAAUGCAGCAGUGUGAUCACACAAAUGGUAACAAUACUUUGAGCCUCGUAUUGUGACAAAUUCAAUUUCUAUUAGGUGUUCACACCUUAACAGAACAGAACCUCAUAAAAGGGCACAUCUGUUAAAAAAUGCAUAGCAAAGGGAUGAAUUUAUGCUUCCUCGCUUGAUAUGUGUCUUGCACAAGAGUAACUGAGAAUUUCUCUAAAAGCUGCUGAAAAAGCAGCGAUGGUUGAUGAAAAAUAUGGUAUUGGCUCAAACACUGUUUGGAAACUGAGUUUCUGCAGGGAGUGUGUAUUUUCUGAAGAAACGUAACUUCGGAACAAUGAGCUUUUGUUUUUGGGAUAACUGGCUUUUGGUCAAAUGGGACAUUUUUCAAACUAAUUGGGUUUCUAAACUCUGGGCUGUUGGAAAAAUGUCAAAGUGCCAAAUGCACCACACAAUUUGAAUUUAUUCAAUCAAGUGUAUGUGAUGAUUGAUGACUCCACUAAAGGGUUUACACUGGGUUUACUGGCCUCAGCAACUGAAGUUGUUGUCUACCCGUCCAGGUUGGGUUUUUCUCUUAAACAGUAGAUUCUUAUUUAUAUAAAUUUAUAUAUUAUAUUCAUGUUUUCCAGUUUAGUUUCGUGUGCUUUAUAUUUUUCAUUUUAAAGGUUGCUGGAAGUUUGCAAAAUGAAACCAAAAUGCAGAAAUAAGAGUAUGUGUGUGUCUGUGUAUGUGUGUAUGAAAAAAUGUAAGGAAUUAUACAUUAAAGACUAUUUUUGCAUAAUUCAUGCCAAAGGAAGGAAAAAUACUACAACCACCCUGUAAAUGUACACUGUCAAAUGUCCUGCAUUAAAAAAUGAACAAAGUAUAAUAAGAGAAUAUGCACUUAAAGGAUUAAAACUCAGAGCUCACAAUGUGAGUGUCCUCUCAGCAGUUCUGUUAUAUUUUAUACCAUAAGAUUAAAAGGGGGAUUUUACUGUUGAAAUUUGUUUAGGUGGAGGCAAUUUUAAAUCUUUUAUAUGGGAAUGCAGCUAAUUAUUUUCAUAAAGAAGAUUCUGUGGAUUGUUUGGCAUCCUUUUCCACGAUGAGGUCAAAUCAUACAGUUGCCUGUAUAAUCGUAUUGUCAAACUAUGUUCUCCACAUGUACCUUUUCCAUAACUGAGAUUGUUUUUGUGAAGCUGUAUUCUGUUUUUGCUAGCGCACAUUGUCAAAUAAACAUCUUAAAGCUG